CGCUGCUGGGGGUUCGCUGCUACGGCGCCCACCUGAACGGCUACACCUGGCGCGGGGGCCGCCCCUGCAUGUGGCUGGGCCGCCGCGCCCUCAGCAAGCCCACCUACCCCGGCCGGCUGGACAACCUGGCGGCGGGGGGCAUCGCGGUGGGGCUGGGGGUGACGGAGACGCUGGUGAAGGAGUGCCAGGAGGAGGCCUGCAUCCCCCCCGCGCUGGCAGCCCAGGCCCGGCCCGUGGGCACCAUCAGCUACACCUAUGAGGACCAUCGGGGCAUCUUCCCCGAGUGCCAGUUUGUCUUCGACCUGGAGCUGCCCGAGGAGUUCGAGCCCCACGUGGGCGAUGGGGAGAUGCAGGAGUUUUACCUGUUGGGCCUGGAUGAGGUGAAGGACGCCAUCGCAUCAGGUGACUUCAAACCCAACUGUGCGCUGGUCGCUCUGGAUUUCCUCAUCCGGCAUGGCCACCUCCAGCCCGAUCACGAGCCCCACUACGCCGAGCUGGUCGAGGGGCUGCACCGGAGCCGGUGAGAAGUCGCCGCUCAUCUCCACUUCUGCUGCCCCUGCCCAGCGACCACUGCUCCUGUGACAAGGGUGCCAGGACACAGGGCCCAACCCCUCUGCACCCCGCCCCCCGGCACCUGCCUGAAUAAAGCCUCAAACCCUC